GCACCUCUAGAGCUUUACUGUAUCAUCAUCCCUUCUUAAAAAAAAAAAGAAAAAAGAAAAAAGGAAAUAUCUAUCCUCUCCAACGUCGCCGGAGUUCGUCUCCUUCGCCGUCUCUGUCUCUUUGGUUUCCUCUCUCUCUCAGGUGUAAUCUCCGAUUUUUUUUGAUGGUGGAGCUGUGAGAUUUGUGUUUUUUUUUUUUUGAGGGAGUUUCUGGUGAGAGAGAAAUGGCGGCAGAAGAGGGAGGAUUGUCUCCAUGUGAUGCUGCUCUCAUCCCUGAUGGAGCUGCAUUGUCGGCGUUUCAGUACUUUGAAAAUGUGAGGAAUUUCCUUGUUGCUGUACAAGAGAUGGGAAUUCCUACUUUUGAGGCAUCUGAUCUAGAGCAAGGAGGAAAAUCUGCAAGGAUUGUGAAUUGUGUUCUUGCGCUGAAGUCUUAUAAUGAUUGGAAAAUGACUGGUGGAAAUGGGGUAUGGAAGUUCGGUGGAAAUGUAAAACCUUUAACAACUACCUUGGGGAAGUCCUUUGUUAGAAAAAAUUUAGAGCCAUUCACAAAUUCCUUGUCAAGGACCUCAUCAACGAAUGAAAAAUUGUUGAAUGGUUACUCCUCCGAACUUGAUCCUAAUAAAAUGUCUAGUUCCGGUCCAUUGAGCAUGCUCGUUCGUGCAGUUCUUUUGGAUAAGAGGCCUGAAGAAGUUCCUAUGUUGGUGGAGUCUGUACUAAGUCGAGUGGUGGAGGAGUUUGAGCAUCGCAUUGCAAGCCAAUGUGAAUUGAUGAAAACAAUGUCAAAAGAUACUGCUGCUUCUCACUGCAACAAAUCCUUUUUGAGAUCUUCAUCUGGAGAUAAGAAGACUGAAGAAAAGAACUUCAAGGUGGUGAAGAAAGAGGAAUGCUUCCCAGUCCGCGUUUCAGAAGAGGAAUUAAGAAGUCAGAGUCUGAAACAACAAAUGAUCUUUGAUCAACAACAGAAACAUAUUGAGGAACUAAAGCAUGAUACUAACACCACAAAAGCUGGCAUGCAGUUCAUACAGAUGAAAUUUCAUGAGGAGUUAAACAAUCUUGGUAUGCACAUUCACGGUCUAGCUAGUGCUGCUUCAGGAUAUCACAAAGUCCUAGAAGAAAAUCGCAAGUUGUACAAUCAGGUGCAGGACCUUAAAGGAAGUAUCCGAGUUUACUGUCGAGUGAGACCAUUCCUGUCUGGACAAUCAAACUAUCUGAGCACUGUUGACAAUAUAGAAGAAGGAAACAUCAGUAUUAAGACUCCAAAGCAUGGAAAAGGGUGCAGGUCCUUCACCUUCAAUAAAGUCUUUGGUCCAUCAGCAACCCAAGCGGAGGUCUUUUCUGAUAUGCAGCCACUUAUUCGAUCAGUUCUUGAUGGUUAUAAUGUUUGCAUAUUUGCUUAUGGUCAGACUGGAUCAGGGAAAACUUACACUAUGAGUGGACCUAAAGAUCUGACAGAGAAAAAUCAAGGUGUUAAUUAUAGAGCGUUAGGAGAUUUAUUUCUUCUAGCAGAACAGAGAAGGGAUACUUUCCACUAUGAAGUUGCUGUCCAGAUGAUUGAAAUUUAUAAUGAGCAAGUUAGAGACCUCCUAGUUACAGAUGGAAAAAUUCGAAAUAGUUCUCAGACAGGUCUUAAUGUCCCUGAUGCAAACCUUGUUCCUGUUUCAUUAACAUCUGAUGUUAUUGAUCUGAUGAACCUUGGACAAAGGAAUCGUGCUGUAGGUGCAACUGCCCUCAAUGAGCGCAGUAGCCGCUCUCAUAGUUGCUUGACCGUUCAUGUUCAAGGUAGAGAUUUGACAUCAGGAACUAUUCUUCGUGGCUGUAUGCAUCUUGUUGAUCUGGCAGGAAGUGAGAGAGUAGACAAGUCUGAGGCGACAGGAGAUAGACUAAAAGAGGCACAGCACAUAAACAGGUCUCUCUCAGCUUUAGGAGAUGUGAUUGCUUCCCUUGCUCAAAAGAAUCCACAUGUGCCUUACAGAAACAGCAAACUUACACAACUGCUUCAGGACUCACUUGGAGGGCAAGCAAAAACACUAAUGUUUGUUCACAUUAGCCCUGAGUCUGAUGCUUUGGGUGAAACAAUAAGCACUCUAAAAUUUGCAGAGCGGGUGGCCACUGUUGAACUUGGUGCUGCCAAAGUGAACAAAGAUAGUGCAGAUGUUAAAGAGCUUAAAGAACAGAUUGCUAGCCUCAAGGCUGCGCUGGCCAGGAAAGAGGGAGAGAUGGAGCAAGGUCAGCAUUCUGUAUCUGGCAGUGCAGAGAGAUACAGAACAAAAACUAGUGACUUGUCACCUUUUAAUUUUAAUCAGCGAGUUGGAAAUAUGGUGGGUGGAAGGCAACCCAUGGGUGAUGUUGGCAACAUAGAGGUGUGCACCAACUCUACAUUGAGGCAAAAGAGACAAAGCUUUGAUCUCGAUGAGCUGUUGGCGAAUUCACCUCCCUGGCCUCCGGUUAUCAGCCCAGACCAAAAGUAUAGAGAUGAUGAAAAGGAAAUGGGGUCUGGAGAGUGGGUAGAUAAGGUCAUGGUGAACAAGCAGGAUGUUGUUAACGGGGUUGAAAAUCCAAUGGCAUGUUGGGAAGCAGAAAAUGGAAAUCUGCAAGAUGUCUUCUACCAGAAAUAUCUCAAGGAUUCUUCCAAAACCUACCAAGACCAAUCAUACAACAUGUUCAUGGGUGGAAACAGGUUCAACACGACUAGUGCUGAUGAUACGGAUGAUCUUGAUGCAGCUACCAGUGACUCAUCUGAGCCUGAUUUGCUCUGGCAAUUCAAUCAGUCCAAUCUUACCAGCUUAGCCAAUGGGAUUGAAUCAAAGACCAAGAAACCUAGUUCAAGACCAGCAAGGACACCAGAAUUGAGAAAAAAUUUAACACCAAUGCUAGGACCUUCACCAUCAAGGAAACUAGCAAAUGGAGUUGGAGUUGGCCCUACACAUAGAAAUGGAAGGCAGCCAGCUCCUGCUGAUGGGAAACGCAAAACUGGGAAUAGAAAAUAAUAAGGUUAAGAAAUUAUAGACACGCCAAUGGAGUGAUUUUCGAUUAUUUCUUUUAUUCUUUGAAGUUUCUCUUUUAAAUUGUUAGAUACAGGUGACGUGUUCAAUAUACUAUCCAAUUUUUUUUUUUUUUCCCGUUGUAAUCUUUAUGGUAUAUAGUUAAAAUUCAGCAAUAAUUCCAGUUGCGUCUUGUUGUCCAUGGAAGAGCUUCCUGCCUGCUUGGUUUUUGUGACGGGCCUCUGUAUAACAUAGACUCUGUAUUUCCACUAUUUUUCAAUGUCAAGAGAAUAUAUACUUAAUUACAUA